GUGGGCAGAAGUAGGGCAGCGCAUAGGGGGGGGGGGUGCGAGCGAGCUGCGAGACGGCAGUGCGCAGGCUGCUAGGGGCGGUGUAGAGGAAGCAAUAGGUGACGCGCGGGCUGCAUGGGGGGGUGGCAAGCGGGCCUUAAGCGGGCGGCGAGCGGGCAGCAGAGGGUGCUGGCGGGCUGAGACAGGCGGCUCGCGGGCGGAAGAGGCGGCUGGCGGGCCAUUAGCAGGCGGCGCGCGGGUGGCAGGGGCAGCUGGCGGGCCGAUAGAGGGCGGCGCGCAGGCAGCAGGGGUGGCUGGCGGGCCGCUAGCAGGCGGCGCGCGGGCGGCAGGGGCGGCGGGCGGGCCGUAG